AUGGGCUCGCGGCGCCUGCCCGGGCUCUGCCUGCUCGUCCUGCUGCUCCACGCCCGCGCCGCCCAGCACAGCAGAGCCGUGCAAGAUGUGGACGAGUGUGUGGAGGGGACCGACAGCUGCCACAUCGAUGCCAUCUGCCAGAACACCCCCCGGUCGUACAAGUGCAUCUGCAAGUCCGGCUACACUGGCGACGGUAAACACUGCAAAGACGUGGACGAGUGUGAGCGCGAGGAUAACGCAGGCUGUGUGCACGACUGUGUCAACAUCCCUGGCAAUUACCGGUGCACCUGCUACGACGGAUUCCACCUGGCACAUGAUGGACACAACUGUCUGGAUGUGGACGAGUGUGCCGAGGGCAACGGGGGCUGUCAGCAGAGCUGUGUCAACAUGAUGGGCAGCUAUGAGUGCCACUGCCGGGAAGGCUUCUUCCUCAGCGACAACCAGCACACCUGCAUCCAGCGGCCCGAAGAAGGAAUGAACUGCAUGAACAAGAACCAUGGCUGUGCUCACAUUUGCCGGGAGACACCCAAAGGGGGUAUUGCCUGUGAAUGCCGCCCUGGCUUCGAGCUCACCAAGAACCAGCGGGACUGUAAAUUGACGUGCAACUAUGGUAACGGUGGCUGUCAGCACACAUGCGAUGACACAGAGCAGGGUCCCCGCUGCGGCUGCCACGUCAAGUUUGUGCUCCACACCGACGGGAAGACAUGCAUCGAGACCUGUGCUGUCAACAACGGGGGCUGCGACAGUAAGUGCCACGACGCAGCAACAGGUGUCCACUGCAGCUGCCCUGUGGGCUUCAUGCUGCAGCCAGACAGGAAGACCUGCAAAGACAUAGACGAGUGCCGCUUGAACAAUGGUGGCUGUGACCACAUUUGCCGCAACACGGUGGGCAGCUUUGAAUGCAGCUGCAAGAAGGGCUAUAAGCUGCUCAUCAAUGAGAGGAACUGCCAGGAUAUAGAUGAGUGUUCCUUUGAUCGAACCUGUGACCACAUAUGUGUUAACACACCGGGAAGCUUCCAGUGCCUCUGCCAUCAUGGCUACCUGCUGUAUGGAGUCACCCACUGUGGGGAUGUGGACGAGUGCAGCAUCAACCGGGGAGGUUGCCGCUUUGGCUGUAUCAACACUCCUGGCAGCUACCAGUGUACCUGCCCAGCAGGCCAGGGCCGACUGCACUGGAAUGGCAAGGAUUGCACAGAGCCUGUGAAGUGUCAGAGCAGUCCUGGUGCCUCGAAAGCUAUGCUCAGCUGCAACCGCGCUGGCAAGAAGGACACCUGUGCCCUGACCUGCCCCUCCCGGGCCCGGUUUUUGCCAGAGUCGGAAAAUGGCUUCACGGUGAGCUGUGGCACUCCCAGCCCCAAGGCCGCUCCGGCCCGAGCAGGCCACACCGGGAACAGCACAAACACCAACCACUGCCAUGAGGCUGCAGUGCUGGCGGUUAAACAGCGGGCCUCCUUCAAGAUCAAAGACGCCAAAUGCCGUUUGCACCUGCGCAACAAAGGCAAAAUGGAGGAGGCCAGCAGAAUCCUGGGGCCAGGUGCGGCAUCCUGCUCUGACUGCCAGGUCACCUUCAUCCACCUCAAGUGUGACUCCUCUCGGAAGGGCAAGGGCCGCAGGGCCCGGACCCCUCCAGGCAAGGAAGUCACUCGGCUCACCCUAGAACUGGAGGCAGAAGUCAGAGCCGAAGAAACCACAGCCAGCUGUGGGCUGCCCUGCCUCCGACAGCGGAUGGAACGGCGGCUGAAAGGGUCCCUGAAGAUGCUUAGAAAGUCCAUCAACCAGGACCGCUUUCUCCUGCGCCUGGCAGGCCUUGAUUAUGAGCUGGCCCACAAACCGGGCCCGGUAGCUGGGGAGCGAGCUGAGCUGGUGGAGGCCUGUAGGCCUGGGCAGCACCGCGCGGGGGCCAAGUGUGUCAGCUGCCCGCAGGGAACGUAUUACCACGGCCAGACGGAGCAGUGUGUGCCAUGCCCAGCGGGCACCUUCCAGGAGAGAGAAGGGCAGCUCUCCUGCGACCUUUGCCCUGGGAGUGAUGCCCACGGGCCUCUUGGAGCCACCAACGUCACCACAUGUGCAGGUCAGUGCUCACCAGGCCAGCACUCUAUAGACGGGUUCAAGCCCUGCCAGCCAUGUCCACGUGGCACCUAUCAACCCGAAGCGGGACGGACUCUGUGCUUUCCGUGUGGUGGGGGUCUCACCACCAAGCACGAGGGGGCCACCUCCUUCCAAGACUGUGACACCAAAGUCCAGUGCUCCCCUGGGCACUACUACAACACCAGCAUCCACCGCUGCAUCCGCUGUGCCAUGGGGUCCUAUCAGCCUGACUUCCGCCAGAACUUCUGCACCCGCUGUCCAGGAAACACCAGCACUGACUUCGAUGGCUCCACCAGUGUAGCCCAGUGCAAGAAUCGUCAGUGUGGUGGGGAGCUGGGUGAGUUCACUGGCUAUAUCGAGUCCCCCAACUACCCAGGCAACUACCCAGCUGGCGUGGAGUGCGUCUGGAAUAUCAACCCCCCGCCCAAGCGCAAGAUUCUUAUCGUGGUACCCGAGAUCUUCCUGCCAUCUGAGGACGAGUGUGGGGACGUCCUCGUCAUGAGAAAGAACUCCUCCCCAUCCUCCAUCACGACCUAUGAGACCUGCCAGACCUACGAGCGCCCCAUCGCCUUCACAGCCCGCUCCAGGAAGCUCUGGAUCAACUUCAAGACAAGCGAGGCCAACAGUGCCCGUGGCUUCCAGAUCCCCUAUGUUACCUAUGAUGAGGACUAUGAGCAGCUGGUAGAAGACAUUGUGCGGGAUGGUCGGCUCUAUGCAUCUGAAAACCACCAGGAGAUUUUAAAGGACAAGAAGCUCAUCAAGGCCUUCUUCGAGGUGCUGGCUCAUCCCCAGAACUACUUCAAGUACACGGAGAAGCACAAGGAGAUGCUGCCAAAAUCCUUCAUCAAGCUGCUCCGCUCCAAAGUGUCCAGCUUCCUGAGGCCCUACAAAUAG